AUGAGGAAUAAAGCCUUUGGUUUUUAUAAGAUACCAAUAAUUGGUGGAAGUGAUUUUGGUAACAAAUUAAAACAGUUGAAAAUUUCAAUUUGUGAUAUACAACUAAGAGUUACAUAUGUUUUUCUUGGGACAGUUACUGUAAAUUCAACGGGUUUAGAAAAGGAAUUCGCAUAUGCUGGAUUAAAGAAGGUGCAAAGAUCGGAAUGGUAUGCAUACUUAACGAUACCGAUGUUCAGUAGAUACACGAGUCGACAAAAAUCAUUAUCCAAUGAAGCAAUCUAA